AUGGGUCUCUGCAAGUCUGGUCCUCUCCACAUCUUAGUUCUCCUCCUUUUUCAGUUGUCCAUCGUGAUCUCUCUUGCAAGCCCACUCUCCUUCAACCUUACUGGCAAUAAACUGGACAAACCGAACAUAAACUUCUCUGGCGACGCCUACUAUCACAGCAGCAUCGUCGAACUGACCAAGAACCAGAUUGGCAAUUCUCCUGACAAUAGCGUUGGAAGCGCCACAUAUUCCGAACCGGUGGCUCUCUGGGACAAAGCUUCAGGAACGCUUGCCAACUUCACAACAAAUUUCAGAUUCUCUAUCAACGGCUUCGGAAAUCAGCUAAGUGCCGAUGGGCUUGCCUUCUUCCUCUCACCCUUCCCUUUUGUCCAGGACCCAUCGGCAACAGCCGGUAAAAAUCUUGGACUAUAUAAAAAUAAUGGCAACAAAACAGACGAGAACAAGAUCGUGGCUGUCGAAUUUGAUAGUUACAUGAACACUGAUGUCAACGAUACAAGCGCCAACCAUGUGGGCAUCGACAUUUGGUCGAUCUUUUCCCAAAAACAAGUGGACUUGAAGGCUAGCCUCAGAGAGAAUGCACAAUUCAUUGCAUCCGUUAGUUACGAUGCUGCUGCUCAAAAUUUGAGCGUCUUCCUCAGUAAUGCUUCAGAUCCUCGGAGGAAUUGGAGCUUGUUUUAUGCAGUGGACUUGAGGGACCACCUGCCUGAGAACGUAGCCAUUGGCUUCUCAGCUUCCACCGGGGAACUUUACGAGUCGCAUAGCAUCUACUCCUGGGAUUUCAAUUCCUCCAAUUUGGGUUCUCAAGAUCUUGCUCCCAGCCCUGGACUUAGUCCAACUAAUGAAACUUUCGAAGCCAAGAAGAAGAGUAAGAUGAGCCUAGUGGUGGGGCUUGCUUGUGGCAUUGGGAUCUUGCUAUGUGGGUUGGGUUUGGUGUGUUCCGUAGUAUGGCAUAAGAGGGAUGGUGGAGGGAUGGAAGCACAAGAAGCACAAGAAGAAGAAGAAGAAGAAGAAGAAGAAGAAGAAGAAGAAGAAGAAGAAGAGAAGGCUCUUGAAUUGUCCAUCAAUAAUGCAUUCGAGAGAGGUGGCGGCCCUAGGAAAUUUUCUUAUAGUGCACUCGCGAUUGCAACCAGAAAUUUUGUUAAGGAGGCAAAGCUUGGGAAAGGGGGUUUCGGGGAGGUUUACAUGGGAGUGUUGGAUGAUACGAAGCAAGAAGUGGCAAUCAAGAGGAUUUCCAGAGAUUCUAAGCAAGGGACAAAGGAGUAUAAAUCGGAAGUCACGAUUAUAAGCCGGCUGCGGCAUCGCAAUCUUGUGCAGCUCAUUGGCUAUUGCCAUCAAAGAGGCGAUUUGUUGCUUGUCUACGAGUACAUGUCGAACAAAAGCCUCGAUCGCCAUCUAUACAACGAGGAGAGAUUGCUAACAUGGCCAGAGAGGUACCAGAUCGCAUUCGGCUUGGCCUCGGCACUUCUCUAUCUUCACGAAGAGUGGGAGCAGUGUGUAGUCCAUAGAGAUGUCAAGCCGAGCAACGUGAUGUUGGAUUCGGGGUUCAAUGCUAAACUCGGUGAUUUUGGGCUAGCAAGGCUUGUGGAUCAUGAUAGUAAUAUGCAAACAACGGUUAUGGCUGGGACGAGGGGAUACAUCGCACCUGAAUAUGCUACCACAGGAAAAGCUAACAAAGAAUCAGAUGUAUACAGCUUUGGAGUUGUUGUACUAGAGCUUGCAUGUGGUAGAAAACCAAUUGAUUUAAAAGAGAAGCAAGACAAGGUGAAUUUGGUAGAGUGGGCUUGGGAGCUUUAUGGCAAAAACAUGUAUUUAACGGCAGUGGAUAAAAGGUUAAAGAUGGAAUUCGAAGAGAAACAAAUGGAGCGCUUCAUGAUUGUAGGGUUGUGGUGCGCCCAUCCAGAUUACAACAUGAGACCAUCAAUAAGACAAGCAAUUAACGUUCUCAAAUUUGAUGGUCCACUACCUGAUCUGCCACCCAAGAUGCCUGUAGCAAUGUAUUUUCCUCCAAUGGAUAUUUCUAAUCUUAUCUCCACAUCAUCAUCAUCCGGUGGACCUCCAGUUAGUAGCUACUCUUCAAGCUCCAACUCAAACAUGGCCAGGAGUUAUUUUGAACAAGAAAUUGAAGCAGGUUUUAGAGAUUGA